CAUAUUUUACUAUAUAAAGCCGCCAUUGCUUCUUCACACCCCUCCCAUUCUCUCAUCCAUUCUCUUCUCCCCUCAUUCAUAUUUUCCCUCUCUCCCUCUGUCUCUGUAGUGUUAUUCGCUUCAUGCUUUUUGCACCUCCUUGUUUCUCUGUUACAUGAAAAACAACGCCUUUUAGUGGAUAAGGUUGGUUGGAUUAAUUCAUACUAGUGUUUGUUAAUUUGGGGAAAGAGAUUCCUGGGCUAAGUGUUUUCUCUUCUUAGUAGAGGUGAAGCAGAGAUCAUGAAGUACGUGUUGGUGACAGGUGGAGUUGUUAGCGGGCUCGGAAAAGGAGUCACUGCUAGCAGUAUUGGCCUUAUUCUUAAGGCCUGCGGUCUUCGUGUUACUUCCAUUAAGAUUGAUCCUUAUUUGAACACUGAUGCUGGCACAAUGUCUCCUUUCGAGCAUGGAGAAGUAUAUGUCUUGGAUGAUGGUGGAGAGGUGGACCUGGACCUAGGAAACUAUGAGCGUUUUUUAGAUAUUAAGUUAACCCGCGACAACAAUAUAACUACUGGAAAAAUUUACCAGUCUGUUAUUGAUAAGGAGAGAAGAGGAGAUUAUUUGGGAAAAACUGUUCAGGUUGUCCCUCACAUUACAGAUGCCAUUCAAGAGUGGAUUGAACGUGUUGCGGUCAUACCAGUUGAUGGCAAGGAGGGUCCACCAGAUGUUUGUGUCAUAGAACUGGGUGGCACAAUAGGAGAUAUUGAAUCAAUGCCAUUUAUCGAAGCGUUAGGACAAUUUUCGUAUCGUGUGGGUGCUGGUAAUUUUUGCUUGAUACAUGUCAGCCUUGUGCCUGUCUUGAGUGUAGUUGGUGAACAGAAAACAAAACCUACUCAGCACAGUGUUAGAGGUUUGAGAAGCCUGGGAUUGACUCCCAACAUUUUAGCAUGCCGGAGCACAACGGAACUUGAUGAGAAUGUCAUGGAGAAAAUUUCCCGCUUUUGCCAUGUUCCGGUAGAUAACAUUAUUACUCUUUACGACGUCUCAAAUAUUUGGCGCAUUCCUUUGCUUUUAAGAGAUCAAAAGGCACACGAAGCAAUUCUAAGAGUCCUGAACCUUAAAGGCGUUGCACGAGAGCCUGCCUUGGGAGAAUGGACAUCUCGGGCCGAACUCUGUGACAAAUUACAUGAGCCUGUGAGGGUGGCCAUGGUAGGAAAGUACACAGGGCUUUCAGAUGCUUACCUCUCUGUACUGAAGGCUCUUGUGCAUGCCUCCGUACCUUGCCACAGGAAACUUUGUAUAGAUUGGAUUGCAGCCAGUGACCUUGAGUGUGAAACUGCCAAAGAGAAUCUUGAGAAUUACAAAAAUGCUUGGAAGUUGUUGAAGGGGGCAGAUGCUAUCCUAGUUCCUGGAGGAUUUGGUGACAGAGGUGUGGAGGGUAAAAUCCUCGCUGCUAGAUAUGCCCGUGAAAACAGGAUUCCUUUCCUUGGGAUAUGUCUAGGAAUGCAAAUUGCUGUUAUUGAGUUUGCUCGAUCCAUUCUUGGAUUGCUAGAUGCAAACAGUACAGAAUUUGAUCCCAACACUCAGAAUCCUUGUGUUAUUUUUAUGCCGGAGGGUUCAAAAACUCAUAUGGGUGGUACCAUGCGUCUUGGAUCUAGGAGAACAUAUUUUCAAGUUGCUGACUGUAAAUCUGCAAAAUUAUAUGGCAACCAGAGCUUUGUAGAUGAAAGGCAUCGACACAGAUAUGAGGUGAAUCCUGAUAUGGUGCAACAACUUGAAAAUGCUGGUCUUUCUUUCACUGGCAAAGAUGAAAGUGGUCGCCGUAUGGAGAUUGUGGAGCUGCCGAAUCAUCCUUACUUUGUUGGAGUACAAUUUCAUCCAGAAUUUAAAUCAAGGCCAGGAAAACCUUCUGCCCUCUUCUUAGGGCUUAUAGCCGCAGCAACUGGGCAGCUCGAAACUUUUUUGAAGAAGGAUGUUCCCAAGACAUGGGGGUUGAGCAAUGGUACGUCAGGACUAAAAUCGCAUCGAUAUGUCAAUGGGUCAAAGCUGGCUAAUGGAUCGUUAGAUGGCAUUUAUAGCAAGGGGAAUGGUAUACAUGUUUAAAGGGAACACUAAAAUACAUUGUAGGCGCUUGGGCCCUGGGUUGCUGAUUAAUCAAAUAUAUUGCUACUGCAUUUCUUCUAUUUGGUAUAUAUAGCCAUACGAGAGCAGUAGGGUUUUUACAGCUUCUCUAAUUAACGUUAUAUAGGGUAGAGCUGGAUUCCGGUCUUUUAUUCGGAACAGCCUGUUGUAGCUGCACCACACUGUGGCGGAAACGGGACGGCCAAUGCUAUUACGUUCAAAUGUGUCUUUGAUGUUUCAUCUGGGAUGUAAAUUAGAGUGCUAGAGAAGAUUGGAGACUGGUUGGUCCAGCUUAUAUUUAGCUAUGUAGCUUGUGUAGUAUCAAGUGAUUAAGCUGCACACGGAUUUUAGAAGGAAAAGCUGAAUGAAACUUGCGACUGUAAACCAGCAAAUAGCUUUGACUAUUGAAGCCGGCUAAAUAGAAUGUGCUUCGUUUAUUUGGUUUCUCUUAAUCUUUCGAGGGAGGAUUUGUAUUUGGACUCCUUAGUUUUUUGUCCUCUAGGCUCUAGCCUUCAAAUUUGUAAUGCAUUAAUGCCCUCCAAUUUGCUGCAAACAUCGUGUACUUUCACUUCGGAUUAUCGAGUUUCUCAUAAUUUUAGCUAAAAUUUUGCAUCAAUACCAGUUAGCCUCGUUUGUGAUCGA